UAUAUUUACAGGUUUAGAAGUUAAGGCGCCGGCUUUCACGCUUCAGAAAAACAAAUCUAAGAGAAGAGAAGUUAAACAAACACUCACGAAGAAAAUAUCAGAUAGAGUAGCGGGAUUCGAGUGUGAUAUAUGUCACUGUCUGUUUUCAGAAGAGCAAUAUAUGUUGUCGCAUAAAUCUCGUCACCCUCAUAUGAUACCAGAUCGGAGACAUAAAUGUCAUAUUUGCACGUAUUCUACUCCGCGUUCAUUUAACUUAAGAAAACACAUCAUGAAACAUCAGAAAGAAAGAUCUCACCAGUGUCCGAGUUUUACCAAAUCAGACACCCUACCGAGCCAUAUAGGAACUCACACUGGAGAGGAACCGUUCAUCUGUAACUUGUGCAAUAAAAUAUUUUUUCAAAGUUCGUCCUUGAAACGUCACGUCAGAACUCAUUCCGGCAAAAAGCCGUAUAGAUGCUCCGAAUGUGGAAAAAAUUUCAGCCGUAAGCAACGUCUCCAGACUCAUCAGAAUUUGCAUACUCAAGAGAAACCUUACCAGUGCCACCAGUGUGACUACAGGAGCAGAGAUGAAAGCUCUCUGCGUAGGCAUGUCGUCUGUCGACACACAAGAAGCUUCUCAUACGUAUGCCAGCACUGUGGAAAAGGUUUCUAUUUGCCAAGUAACUUGAAGCAACACCGAGCGGGAAAACGAUGUCGUGAAUCAGUGAAUGCUGAAUAUCAAUAAGAUAGAAAUUUCAGAAAUGCCCUUGCUUUCAGGUGGCAAAUCUUAUUGGUGAGAAGCAUUUUUCUGAUUCAAUAUGGCAAGAAUCUGUUCGAUAUUAAUUGAAAUAUAAUGUUAUAGUAAAAUUUCAUUUAGUAUAAAUUUUUUGUUACGAAUUUUAACUGCAAUACUUGGGCAUUUGUAAUAAUGUAUCUUCAUG